CUGGAGAGUCUUGGUGGCCGAUGUCAGCGUUGUCAGCCUGCAGGUGCUCCGGAGAGCUCUGCUCAUUCUGCCAGAUAGUGGCCAAGAUGCUGCCAUUGUGGGUUUGCCUGGCCUGUGUGUGCCGGGGUGUGCGGGAUGCUGGCAUGCUCUGUCUAUAACAACAGCCUGUCAGUCGCGUUGUUGCUGUUUUAUGCCCAGGGCCCCAGCCAGAGCCCAGCGCCGCUGGGAGCCCCGGCCAGCACCACGGACGGCACCCAGGAAGCCCGAGCCCCCCUGGACGGGGCCUUCUGGAUUCCAAGGCCUCCGGCAGGCUCACCUAAGGGUUGCUUUGCCUGCGUGUCCAAGCCCCCGGCCCUGCAGGCUCCAGCGGCCCCGGCCCCUGAGCCCUCAGCAUCACCCCCCAUGGCGCCCACCCUGUUCCCCAUGGAGUCCAAGAGCAGCAAGACGGACAGCGUGCGGGCCUCCGGUGCCCCCCAGGCCUGCAAGCACCUAGCAGAGAAGAAAACUAUGACGAACCCCACAACGGUCAUUGAAGUCUACCCCGACACCACCGAGGUCAACGAUUACUACCUGUGGUCCAUCUUCAACUUCGUCUACCUCAACUUCUGCUGCCUGGGCUUCAUUGCGCUGGCCUACUCCCUCAAAGUUCGGGACAAGAAGCUUCUCAACGAUCUGAACGGAGCGGUGGAAGACGCCAAGACGGCCCGGCUCUUCAACAUCACCAGCUCUGCGCUGGCCGCGUCCUGCAUCCUCCUUGUCCUCAUCUUCCUGCGGUACCCACUCACCGACUACUGAGGCCCCCGGGCGCCGCUGGCUGUGGAGACAGGGCACUGGACAUGUCUGUUUUCACGCCUGAUGUGACUCGGGAUGCUGUGUGGUUGGGCAGAGCAGGGCGUGUGCCCUGGAGCCCCCCUGAAGCUGUGACCUGGGCAGAGAGGCCAUCAGAAGCUCCGUGCAAUACAGGGGCAGCGAGCUUCGGGCUGGCCCACCCUCUCUGCCUCCUGACCCUCUCCGCCUCUGCCUGUUUCUGGGGUCUAUGGGCGUCUCCUUGUGCUGCUGUACCCUGGCUUCCACUGGCUGCCCUCCCUGCCCUCCUGUGCCCCCCCCCCAGGCUCCUGGGGCCCCUCUGACCUGAUACCCAGCAAGAAGGGCUUCUGUGGGAGCUUCCCAGUUUGGGGGGGAGCUGCCAGCAUCUGGGGACUCACUCUGUCUUCCCUCUCACCCCACCUCCUCCAAGCUGUGACCCUGCUCAGAGCUCUUGUAUCUGUGAACUUUCAAUAAAAUACCUGUCUG